AUGGCCGCGAAAUUAGGGGAGCUGUUGGUGCAUUAUACUAAGAAAAGGGAAAUAAGGGCAGAUGAGCAACAGGGCGAUACGGGGCAGGGCAGUUUCAGCGAAAUAUUCUGGGGGGACGUUAAAACAGUAUAUAGAGAGUUAUUGAAUGGAAUGCACGAACACAGGGAUGAAAUAGACACCUUGUGCUCAACUAGCGUGCUGAAUGAGCAGAUGUUUACACUGCGCACGGAGGCUUCAUCGUUAUGCGAGGACAUAAUGAAGGUUUAUUAUUUUAUGGAUGGCAUUCCCAAAGCGGCCGACACGCCUGCGGCUGCAACUCAGUCUGAGGACGAAAUAAACCCACUCAUGAGGUGUAUGGUAGGAUACGUCACUUUAGCCAAAAAAUUUGCACCGCUGUGUGACUUCAACACCUUGGUGCCCUAUGCACGCAAGGCCACAGACGGUAUGAGGACAGGGUACCAAGUGGACACUAGUAAUACUGCAUGCAACGGCUUGAAUUUCGAUACACUAAAAAUAGGGUACAAAUUGGUAGGAGCAACCAUUACGGAAUGGAUCCAGGAGAACAGCAGUGACUGGGAGGAUAUAAUGGAGGAUUAUAUGAACGACACUUGCGAAGCCAACAGCACAAUUGAGGCAGGCACAACUAGCGGGAAGAAUACACACGACGAGAAAGACAGCAAGGGUGCACACGGGCCAAUUAGUCCGGACGAUUUAAAAAGGUUGGCCAAUAGUAAAGAUCAAUUAUCCAAGCAAGACGCGACAAAAGUUUUGAACCAGAUACAGGGACAGACUGAUAGGGAUAGUAUAAUGACCGUGUUGACAGGAGCAAUUGCAGCAGUGGAAUCGGAUAGGAACAAAAAAGUAACGCAAGCAGCAAGCACACGGUCCCCAGGCACACAUACAAAAUCGUCAUCAUCCGGAACAUCAACAACAUCAUCGACAUCUUCAUCGUCAUCAAAAUCCGGGACGUCGGAGUCGGCGCCCGCCAAAUCCGCCACGGCGCCUACUGAGCCUGCUGCAACAUCAGGAUCGACAGCCGCGGACAAGAAACCUAAGAAAGAGGAAGCACCCCCAGUUAAGGUACCAGAGGUACCACGGGAGGUUAUUCCGGAGGAGAAGAUACCAGUACCAACACCUCCAUCGGACGCACAGGCACCAGCCGUAGGACCCGGAGGAAGGUCUGACACACCACCAGCGGAUGCUUCUGUGGGCACACAAAAGGGGAAAGACGAGGAAACAGCAGGUAAGUGCACGAGAGAAACCACGGUAUUUACACAUAGCAACACAGCAUUCGGCCUCAACGGAGCCCGCGCAACCAUCACCCUUUCCAUUGCAUCCAGCUCGGAAAACGCUGAUGACUGUGACACGACGCCCCAAGACUCGGGACCAGGCGAUCCCGUCGUCGAUGGCGGCAACGAUGACCCCCCCCCUCUCAAUCCACCCAAACCCAAACCGAACCCGAACCCAAAUCAAUCGGGUGCAAGCGGUAGCGGCCCCGAUGGCACCGGUAGCGGACGUGCAGGAGGAGGAGCUAGUAGUGGUGGUGGUGGAGCAGGAGGUAGUCGUGGUGGUGGAGGGGCUGCCCUUACCCCUGUCCCCCCUUCCCUUUCGCCUGGCCUCACAUGGGAAGAUAUUAAGCCGUACACCCCCGCGAUCAUUCCAGCGGUGGUUGGUAUUGGGAUCAUUGCGUUCUUCCUCUGGAAGGUGAGUUAUUACGGCAAUCACGGAAUGCCGCACGUGCCGGAUGUUUAUACCUCAGAACAUCCCUACCGGCUCCCAUAUAUGAUAGUUCUAACACAAAUACACUCCUACACCCGUGUUCAUUCCUUUUAUCCUACCGUCCUCACCCUGCUCUUUACCCCCUUUUUCUGCUUAGUACUUUGCGUACCUCGGAACAAACCGACGACGAACGUAUCGCACAGUGCGUGA